GAAAGGGUGUGUGUAGUGAUAUCACAUCUGAAUGGAAGCACAAUAGAGUAAAGGUUUCUUUUUCAUAAAGAGGCUGCUUCGUCGAUCUCGGGACACUGCUGGACCUCAACUACUCGCACCCAAACCCCUCUUCAGAUCAAGGAAACGACAUGUUGCAAUCCUUCAGCCUCGACGAGGCCCGGUGGUCUUUGAUGCUGGUUUUGCCAGUCGCGGCGUUCUAUUCUCUCCUCGCAUACUUCAUAGGAUACGCCAUCUACCAGCUCUACCUCAACCCCCUGCGCAAAUUCCCAGGCCCAAAACUAUGGUCAAUCUCCUCCGUACCCUACGUCCGCGAAUUCAUCGCCGGCACUUGUCACCUCACGAUCCUCCAACUCCACCAAAAGUACGGCCCCAUCGUGCGGGUAGGCCCCAACCACCUCUCCAUUAACCACCCGGACGGCAUGGCAGAGCUCCGAGGCCACCGCAAGAGCUUCACCGGCGAGAACGGCAAAGACCCCGUCAACGCGCUGCCGAACCGCGACAACAUCAUCGGCUCCGAUCGCGGGGACCACAGCCGCUUCCGCAGGGCGCUGGCGCACGGAUUCUCGGCGCAGUCUAUGCUGGCGCAGCAGCCUAUUAUCAAGGGGUACGUCGAUACCCUCUUUGAGAAGCUGCGGGAGGCAUCGCGGGGUGGCGAGGAGACGGUGGAUGUGGAAAAGUGGUUCAACUUUACCACGUUCGACGUUAUUGGUGAUUUGGCAUUUGGGGAGCCUUUUGGGUGUCUUGAGGAUAGCACGUAUCACCCUUGGGUCGACCUCAUCUUUAAGAGUAUUAAGAACAUGGCCAUGUUGACGAGUUUCCGGCGUCUGCCGUGGCUGAAGCCGAUUCUCAUGUUGACGCUUCCCAGAGAGCUGAUGGGUAAGUAUGCUCAGAAUCGGGAGCUGUCGAGAGAGAAGUUGCGGAAGAGGUUGGAGCUUGGGAAGAGCCGGCCUGAUUUCGUGGAUGCAAUGAUCAGGAAGUCAGAAUCAGCAGGUCAUGCCAUGUCGUUCGAAGAGAUGACCUCCAACGCCAUGGUCCUCAUCAUCGCCGGCUCGGAAACGACAGCCACGCUGCUGACUGCGGCAACGUACUUUCUCGCCACCAACCCGCACGUGUUAGCCAAGCUAAACGACGAGGUCCGAUCGGCAUUCACGACGGAGGAUGAGAUCGAUAUGCUCAGCGUGCAAAACCUGCCGUACCUCUUGGCCGUCUUGGACGAGAGCUUGCGAAUCUUCCCGCCGGUGCCUGGCCCAAGCCCGCGGGCCAUUGGCGAAGGGGGCGAUACGAUUCUGGGCGAGUUUAUUCCGCAAGAUACGGUGGUGGACACCUGGCAUUGGUCAGUCUACCAUAACCCCGAUUACUUUACAAUGCCGGAGGAAUUUAUGCCAGAGCGAUUCUUGGGCGACCCCCGGUUCGCGAAUGAUGCGAAACAGGCUCUGCAACCGUUUUCUAUCGGUCCUCGCAACUGCAUUGGGAAGAAUCUUGCCUAUGCCGAGAUGAGGUUGAUUCUGGCCAGGCUGAUCUGGAACUUUGAUAUCCACCCAGCUGCGGAGACAGCGAACUGGUACGCUGAGACAAAGGUCUACAUUCUAUGGGAGAAGGGCGGCCUGGAUGUCUAUCUGACACCCCGGGUUCUGAAAGGCUGAAUGAGAGGCUUCCGAUAUCUGGCCAUGCGUCUUGAGACGGCGAUGGAAGGCCCAUGUGCAGGGAUAGCAUUGAUCAAUUCGUGUAUCUGUGAAGUUGACAAUUGCGGUCAAAGGGAAUGCGAAGGAUGAAGCACCUUCAUCACGUCCCAUCUCAUGCAUCGCCGACCAUCCGGAGGAUCGAAAAUGAUUUGUCUUUUCCGGGCAAAUAGUUGGAUCAGAUCCUGGAAAAGCAGCCUAUAUCUCCCGUCUUCUCAUUCAUGUAGCGAUAAUGAGAAAUGCGAUCAGCAGCUCAAGACAGCACCUCAUGUUCCACAGGCACCAAGGUUACUGGAAAU